CCAAGCUCUUUGCAUCUACCAGAAACAAACCAAGCCCAGUAGGCCACCCACAAAGAAGAAAAAAAGGCAGCCCUUUCGGCGCGUGCAUACGCACAGAGAAAGAGGGAGACAGAGAGAGGAAACAUGGGUUCCAUCCCAGAGAAGCCUCAUGCAGUGUGCAUCCCCUACCCAGCCCAAGGCCACGUAACUCCCCUGCUGAAGCUAGCCAAGCUCCUCCAUGUCCGUGGCUUCUACAUCACCUUUGUCAACACCCACUUCAACCACAAACGCCUCCUCAGGUCCGGAGCCAUCUCCUCCCUCGACAGCCUCCCGGACUUCCGCUUCGAGUCCAUUCCGGACGGCCUCCCUCCUUCCGACGAGGAUGCCACCCAAGACGUCCCCUCCCUUUGCGAUUCCAUCCCAAAAAAUUGCCUUCCCCCUUUCCGUGACCUCAUAACAAAGCUCAACGGUCCUUCCUCUCCGACACCCAAGGUGUCGUGCAUAGUUUCCGAUGGGGUCAUGAGCUUCACCCUCGAUGCUGCGAAGGAGCUCCGAAUCCCCGAGGUCUUGUUCUGGACCCCUAGUGCGUGUGGCUUCAUGGGUUACCUCCACUACCAACAUCUCACGGAAAGAGGCAUCGUUCCUCUCAAAGAUGCCAGUGAUCUCACCAACGGAUAUCUCGACACACCCAUCGAUUGGAUACCGGGGAUGAAGAAUGUCCGGCUAAGGGACUUGCCCACCUUCCUUCGUACGCUGGACCCCAAGGACAUCAUGUUCAAUUACUGUAAUCGUGAGGCCCAGAGAUCAUCCAUGGGGUCGGCGAUCAUAUUAAACACCUUCGAUGAAUUCGAACGUCCUGUAUUGGAUGCGAUGGCAUCGAUGCUCCCUCCUAUCUACACCAUAGGCCCUUUAUCCUUGCUCUCUCGCCAAAUUACCACGGGCCCUUUAACAUCGAUAAGCUCGAACCUGUGGAAGGAGGACACAACUUGCUUGGAGUGGCUCCAAGGGAGAGAGCCCGGGUCGGUCGUGUACGUGAACUAUGGAAGCAUUACGGUGAUGACGAACGAGCAGCUAAUCGAGUUCGCGUGGGGGCUGGCUAACAGCAAGCAUGAUUUCUUAUGGGUGAUCAGACCUGACCUUGUGAAAGGAGACACAGCCGUGCUUCCACAAGAGUUCUUGAACGAGACCAAGGAGAGGGGUCUGCUGGCGAACUGGUGCCCGCAAGAGGCGGUGCUAUCGCACCCGUCCAUCGGAGUGUUCUUGACUCAUAGCGGAUGGAAUUCGACGCUGGAGAGUAUAUGCGGUGGAGUGCCGGUGAUUAGUUGGCCAUUCUUUGCUGAGCAGCAGACCAAUUGCAGGUAUGCCUGCACGGAGUGGAGCAUCGGAAUAGAGAUUGAUAACAACGUCAAGAGAGGGGAGGUGGAGAGGUUGGUGAGGGAGAUGAUGGAAGGGGAGAAGGGAAAGGAGAUGAGGAGGAGGGCGGUGGAGUGGAAGGAGAGUGCAUUCAGAGCAACGCAACCAGGCGGUUCCUCUUUCCAGAAUUUCGACAGGUUGGUCAAGGAGGCACUGCUCUGAAGAAAAUCCGUUCAUAUAGAUAAUUUGUCCGAUGUAUGGAACUUGGAGUUAUGGAACAGUUUGUUCCUUAUGGUUGUAAUAUGUGUUUUGAUCCUGCUAUGGAUUUAGAACAAUAAAAUUAUCUUGUUCCUUGCAAUGA